AUGGGUUCCUUCACAACAAACCACAGGAAACAGUCUUCAGUCGGUGUAUGUCGAAUAUCUUUCCUUCCUUUCCCUUCGUCUAUUCUCGUCUCGAGAGGUCUUGACGAUACCCUUCUGGAGAACUGCCUAGGCCCAGUCACAGGAUCAUAUGAGAACGUCGUGCGGAUGCUCAGGUGCCGUAGGCUGGCUGGUAAAAGAACCGGGAAGUAG